AUGGAGAGAAUUGGGGCAGACGUGAGUAAAACAGGCUGCAGCAGUCAUGGAGGGUCCACAGAGCUCCUGUCCGGCCCCAGCACUCCAGGCCGGGCCCCUCGCAGCAGGACAUCCGGCCGCAGAGCCAGUUCCCUGUCUGACAGUGGAGACACAGGCUUUUACACCUACAGCUCGGACAGUGUGGAGGAUGUGUCCUCCACUCUGCAGCCCCAGUCUCUUCUCGUCUCUGGCCUCUCCCCUGCGUCCCUCAGGCCUCUAUCUCUGACCCGCUCCUACGACCAGCUCUCCGCCCAACAGCAGAACACAGCGCAGUGGUACAAAACCUGCCAACAGCUUACCUCCUCUUCAUCUCCCAGCACCCACUCGAAGAAGAACCACCAGGAACCCAUCAGAAAAAGCUCAUCUCUUAACAAGCUGUCGUCAUGGGCUGUUUACGACUCAACUCGCACUUAUAGCAAUAGUAAGAAUAUUGACCUGCAAGGUUCAUUAGACAGGGGGUUGCUCAAAGGGUUCAAAAAGGAAACAAGCACAAACAAAACAGAUUUCUACCUUCCUUUGACGUCCUCGCUUCGAUGCAAUAGCUCGCUCCUGCGCUCUCCAGGGUCAGGGCCAUGUCAUUACUACAAACUGAGCCGGAAGUCCACCAGCGGAGAAUCAGACCGGACUUUACACAGGAGCGUCUCAGCUUUCUCCUCUCCAAUCAAACACAACCUGUUCACCGGCUUCACAUCCCCACAGGACCUAUGCAGUCAGAGCCUAAGUGAGCAGCCGCCCUUUGAUUACCCGUUACAGCCUGAAGUGAGGACACAGAUGUGGUUGAGUGAGCAGUUAGCGUAUAAGCCCAAGUUUGAGGUGGGAAAGCACGACACAGCAGAGAAUUAUGGGGACAAGCUCACCAGGCAACCAGGGUUCAGUCCACUCAAGUCAGGACUAAAGCAGAUGGUGAAAGGCAGUCCAGGGCCUGUUCCUGGUUUGGUGAAGUUUCAGGAGGGGCUGCUGAGACAGAGGGAGCAGGAGAUAGACUGGCAGAAGCAGCAGAUCGUUCAGCUCCAGGCCCGGAUCACAGAGAACGAGCUCAGGGUGCAGCAAGUCCAGCAGAGCCACAGGGGCAGACUCGAUGACUCCUACAUCUACAACAAAGACAGAGUGGGGCUGCCAGGCAAACAAGCUUCAUAUACCCUCUGUGAUAAAGAUCUGAGCCAGAAGCUGAGUGCAGCAGAAAUGGAACUACUCCAUCUGAAAAAUGUAUUCAAGCAGGUCACGCAGAAGUACACAGAAGACAUAUGCAAAAUGGACGAUAAGAUCCAGACCCGAGACCGCUACAUUUGCAGUCUGAAGAAGAAGUGUGCCAGAGAGAGUGAACAGAAACUAGAGCGACACCAGCGCGUGGAGACCCUGGAGAGCUACCUGGCCGAUCUACCCACGCUCACAGAGGUGCAGGGACAAAGCCAGCAGUUGAAAGAGGUUCAGCAGAGAGCAAAAGAGAUGGAACAGAGUGUUUCAUGGCUACAGAAGAGUCUAGAAGAAGGACAACUGCUCCUGAGGGAAAAGUAUCUUCAGAUUGAGCAGCAAACCAGGAGGGAGAAUGAGCUACUAGCAUCUGUACACAGUCUGCAGCAGAAGGUGCAGAGGUGCCUGGAGGACGGGGUGCGUGUGCCUGUGACUGACCUGAAGAGGCUCCAGACAGAAAAGGCCGAGCUGUUAGAGCAGCAGGACUGCAGCAGCAAGGUGAUUGAUCAACAGAAAGACCUGAUUGAGAAGAUGUCCCUCCAGCUGCAGCAGCAGCAGACAGAAGAGAAUUCUCCUGCUCGACUCCGGGCUGCGGCGCAGAGGCCUGAAGUAAGCCAGCUGCUCCGGGACAUGUCUGUGUGUGUGAGGGACCUCCAGAACCUGGGCACCAUCCUGACCCAGAGAGCCCAGGGACAGGAGCCCAACCUGUCUGUGCUGCUGGGAAUCAAGUCCCUGAGUCUGUCCAUGGAGGAGAGUGACACCAGAGAACCAGAAGAUGAGGAGCUGAUGAUGAAGCUGCAUGAAGUGUCUCAGCUGAGACGGGACAUCGAGGAGCUGAGGAGGAGUAUGGCCCCGCCCCCUGCCCUGCACUGA